UAUCUGACACUAAACGCGUUGUUGUUUAAAAACAUCCUGAAAUCCGAUUGGACGCCUUUUUUUCCUGUGACAGCGAAGACGCUCUCAUCCUAUUGGUCCAUCGCACGUGUGACUGGAUCACGUGCUUCCGGUUAAGGAGGGAAAAAAGUGGGGAGGAGCGGGUGAACGGGAGGGGAGGAGGAGGGGGGUAAAAAAAAAAAAUAGAUUUUUAGAAAGAGUUUUGGAAGCGCGAGCUGUCAUACGUGGGCGCGCGAGGCACGGGCCGCGGAGCAUCACCGACAGCCAUGUGUGUGUGAGGAGUGUGUGAGUGUGUGAGAGUGUGUGAGUGAGAGAGAGAAGAAUAAAAGAAAGAGAAAGAGUAUAUAUGUAUAUAAAUAGUGAAUUAAUAGAUAAGUGAAAAGGUGCGCGAGGCGUUCCGAUGGUGCAGCGUCUUCAAGUUGCAUCCAGAGACUGAAGAUCAUCUGCAGGUUCUUCCCUCCAGGAUAAAUAUUUGGGUUACAAGUUGGAUUUUUUUGUUUGUUUUUGGUUGUUGUUGAAACGCAAUAAGAAAUUAAUGGAGGAGGCGAAGGAUCCGUCCGAGCGCGAGAGCGCGUCCCCUCCGGUACUGGCGCGCGAGGCGGCGCCGCAGGUCCACCGCACCACCAACUUCUUCAUCGACAACAUUCUGCGGCCCGACUUCGGCUGCAAGCGCGAGCUCCUCACGAGCAGGGAGAACGUCAGCCUGCUGGUCGCGAGGCCGUCGUCGCGCGCGGACUCCACCGCGGACCACCGCACCUCGUCUUCGUCGUCGUCCUCAUCUUCGUCUCCGUCGUCUUCCUCAUCAUCAUCAUCCUCCUCCUCCUCCUCCUCGUCGUCGUCGUCGUCCAAGUGCGGAGACGCGUCGAAUCUCACGGCGGUAAACGGCGCGAGCGGAGGAGGAGGAAGCGGCGGCGCGGAAGCAGCGGCGGCAGCGACCACGACCACGAGCGCACAAGGGUCGGGGAAAGGAACUGCCAAAGACUCCUCACAACCUCUACUGUGGCCCGCGUGGGUCUACUGCACGCGCUACUCAGACAGACCCUCAUCCGGACCGAGGACCCGGAAGCUGAAGAAGAAGAAGAGCGAAAAGGAGGACAAGCGGCCGCGCACCGCGUUCACGGCCGAGCAGCUGCAGCGCCUCAAGGCGGAGUUCCAGGCGAGUCGCUACAUCACCGAGCAGCGGCGGCAGUCGCUCGCGCAGGAGCUCAACCUCAACGAGUCGCAGAUCAAAAUCUGGUUCCAGAACAAGAGGGCGAAGAUCAAGAAGGCGAGCGGCUACAAGAACGGACUCGCGCUGCAGCUCAUGGCGCAAGGACUCUACAACCACUCCACCACCACCAUCCAGGAGGACAAGGAGGACAGCGAGUAGCCCACGCGCACGCCGGCCCGAGGCCUGAGGAUGGAGGAGGGUUUCAUCCUCUUGCAGUAAUAAGAACAAUAAACCCAUAUGUAAUGAU